AUGGGGAAACAUAAAGACAUUUUGAAGAAUAUGGCAGGGAUCUUUCAGGUCCGACACAUGCUCCUCCGACAGGCCUUGGCCGAGUGUCUGGGAACCCUGAUUCUGGUGAUGUUUGGAUGUGGUGCAGUGGCACAGAUGGUGCUGAGUAAAGGAACCCACGGCACAUUCCUCAGUGUUAACCUUGCUUUUGGAUUCGCUGUAACCUUGGGUAUCCUUGUAAGUGGACAGAUCUCAGGUGGUCACCUGAACCCAGCAGUGACUUUCACACUGUGCUUACUCAAGAGAGAGCCAUGGAGGAAGUUCCUGUUGUUUUUCUUCUUCCAGACUCUCGGCGCCUUCCUGGGCGCAGCCGUCGUAUUUGGCAUGUAUUCUGAUGCAUUCUGGGACUUUGGCCACGGGGAGCUGAUUGUAGUUGGGGAGAAUGCCACUGCAGGAAUUUUUGCCACAUAUCCAUCCAAACAUCUCACCCUGGUUAAUGGAUUCUUUGAUCAGCUCAUUGGAACAGCUGCUUUGAUUGUCUGCAUCCUGGCCAUAGUUGAUCCACACAACAAUCCAGUCCCUAGAGGCCUGGAGGCCUUCACUGUAGGCUUUGUGGUGUUAGUCAUCGGCCUCUCAAUGGGCUUCAACUCUGGGUAUGCUAUUAACCCGGCCAGGGACCUGGGACCACGUCUCUUCACAGCUCUGGCAGGCUGGGGUGGAGACGUUUUCUGUGCAAACACCUACUGGUUCUUUGUGCCAACCUGUGUCCCAUUCUUGGGUGCGAUGGUGGGUGUGCUGAUGUACCAGCUCAUGAUUGGUCACCAUUUAGAAGGUGAGGUGCAAGAGAAGCAAAAGGAGGAGGAGGAAAGGUUGAAACUUUCCACCGUUUCAGCCAGUGAAGACGCAUGAGCUCAUCUUUUUUUUUUGUUUCCAAAUACUGCAUGACUUAGUGGAUGAUAAUAUUCUGACCCGGCACGUACAGUAUAUCUUUUGAUGUUGAGGAAAACAAGUUUGUUUUGUUUUUUUUACGUACUUUAACUAACACCACUUUUUGCAUAACAUGUAUUGUCUAGUCAUUAUCGCCCCAUCGAUGAUCAUGAAUCAAAGGCAGGGACGGUUUCUGAGUGUGGCGCUUGUUCUUCAAUUCAUUUCCACUCAUGCAGUCAAGUCUUUUAUUUCUGCUUGGAGCACAUGGACUGUUUUCCUUCACGCUACGUGUCUAACAAACAAAUGUGUGAAGUGAGAGGGAAGAAAAAAGCUAAACAAAACACGGUCUAAGUUGAGGAGGUUUUGGACACGUGCCUUGUUCGUUUCUGUUUUCACCGUCAUAAAAGCAUUCACAAAGACUUUUUUUUCUACUCCGAUUACUUCCGCUUGUACGACAUUUGCAUGGAGCCGUAGACUUCCUGGGCUGGAGGCACAUGUUCUUCUUGCACACACACACCCAUUUACAGGCAGGUGCUAUAAAUCAAUAAAAGCACUGUCAAUCACGGCAUUGCGGUAGCAUAGUUGUGUCACGUUUUUAAAAUCGUGUUGUCUCACUCCUUGUCUUCCAAUAAGUACGACCGUGUCUAUUGCUGUGAUUUACAAUGAGAUUUAAUUGUGUGCCUUUCUUCAAGCAGUGUGGGGAGACGAUCUAUAUAUUCAUCACAUAAUGGCAUAACAUUGUUAUUAUUUAACAAAUAAAAGAAAGUUAAGUAAAAUCAGUUGCUCUAGAUGUCUUUUUAAUACGUCAUCAGUAUGAGUGCAGAGAGAACAAGUGAAAUACACAAAUGUAUUAUCUCAAAGACUCAAAUGUCCACAUUAAACAUGAAAUGGAGGACAGCGGGAUUAGCUUAUCAUUAAUAUUUGAUGCAGUCAGGUGCAAUUGGUGUUAAUUAAGUGAGUGAGUGACC